GGCAGUACGCUGAACGCACCUGACAGACCGAGUGACAACACACUGCCGACUGAAGACUUCUUUCAAAAUGGCAAAUAGGACGAUAUUCUCUGGAUAUUAAAUGUUAAAGUUUUCGUGUCGAAUGUAAUAUGUGUUUUUGUUGAGGACUGCGGUUUUAAAAGAAGAACAAGAAUAUAAUUAGUGUAUAGUUUUUUUUAAAGAACAAUUUUUGUCAUCAUGGAGUCUAAUAAAAAGGAGGUGACUCCUCAGCUGAUGAUGGCCGUCGGGACUGCUGUGAUUGGCUCCUUGCAGUUUGGAUACAAUACAGGAGUCAUUAACGCCCCACAGAAGAUCAUCGAGGGCUUCUACAAUGAGACGUGGCAUAACAGGUAUUCAGAGUACAUUCCGCCGACCACUCUAACCACACUCUGGUCUGUAUCAGUGGCCAUUUUCUCUGUGGGCGGCAUUCUCGGCUCCUUCUCAGUGGGACUCUUUGUAAACCGCUUUGGCAGGAGGAACUCAAUGCUCAUAGCUAACAUUCUGGCCUUCAUAGCUGCUGCUUUUAUGGGCUUUUCGAAGCUGGCUGAAUCCUGGGAGAUGCUUAUUAUUGGACGGUUCAUUGUGGGUCUUUACUCGGGCCUGUCUACAGGCUUUGUGCCAAUGUAUGUUGGAGAAAUUGCCCCGACUUCAUUACGUGGGGCGCUGGGAACUCUUCAUCAACUUGGCAUUGUCAUUGGCAUCCUCAUGGCACAGAUCUUUGGUAUUAAAGAAAUCAUGGGUUCUCCCACAUUGUGGCCCUUCAUGCUUGGCUUCACCUUUAUCCCAGCUGUGCUCCAGUGUGCCCUGUUGCCCUUCUGUCCUGAAAGCCCACGAUACCUCCUCAUCAACCAGAACGAAGAGGCCAAAGCCAAGAGCGUGCUAAAGAAGCUGCGUGGCACUGAUGAUGUGGGCGCAGACAUGCAGGAGAUGCGGGACGAGAGCAGACAGAUGAUGAGGGAGAAGACAGUCACCAUCCCCGAGCUUUUCCGCUCAUCACUGUACCGUCAGCCCAUCUUCAUCGCCAUCAUGCUGCAGCUCUCACAGCAGUUCUCCGGCAUCAAUGCUGUAUUUUAUUACUCUACUGGUAUAUUUGAGAAAGCGGGGGUGUCUGAGCCAGUUUAUGCCACCAUUGGUGCUGGAGCUGUGAACACAGCAUUCACAGUGGUUUCUCUGUUCAUAGUGGAGCGAGUAGGCCGAAGAUCACUGCAUCUUGUUGGUUUGAUGGGAAUGGCUGUGUCUUCUGUUCUCAUGACUAUUGCAAUGGCACUACUGACAAAAGUGGAAUGGAUGUCAUAUGUCAGCAUUGUAGCCAUCUUCAGUUUUGUGGCAUUUUUUGAGAUUGGACCAGGCCCAAUCCCAUGGUUCAUUGUGGCAGAGCUAUUUAGUCAAGGCCCUCGUCCUUCUGCCUUCGCUGUCGCUGGUUUCUCCAACUGGUUUGCCAACUUCUUAGUGGGAAUGUGCUUCCAGUAUGUUGAGGAACUGACCGGCCCAUACGUUUUCAUCAUCUUCACUGUCCUCCUGCUGAUAUUCUUCGUCUUCACCUACUUCAAAGUUCCUGAGACCAAAGGCCGGUCGUUUGAAGAGAUCACAGCCAGCUUCCGCACCGGGGCAGAUAAAUAUAACCGAGAUGAUUUGAACACACUGGGGGCAGAUUCACAACUCUGA